AUGGCUCCAAUAACAUCUUCAGUCGCCAAGACUGCCCAGUUGGCAGCACAAGCAUUAAGAAAGCCAAUCAGCAAAGUCGGGCAAACACAAGCUAUGAGAAUGAACUUUAACGUUAGUAAUAAUCUUGCAUCUACCCGUUUGAAUACCUCUAAAGCAGGGGCACAGGAAAUGACAGUGAGAGAUGCAUUGAACUCCGGUUUGGCAGAGGAGUUGGAUCGUGAUGACGAUGUGUUUUUAAUGGGUGAAGAGGUUGGUCAGUAUAAUGGAGCUUAUAAAGUUAGUAGAGGCUUGUUAGAUAGAUUCGGCGAGAGAAGAGUUAUUGAUACUCCCAUCACCGAAAUGGGAUUUACCGGUUUGGCUGUAGGUGCAGCUUUGCAUGGAUUGAAACCAGUUUUGGAAUUUAUGACGUUUAAUUUUGCUAUGCAAGCUAUUGAUCAAAUCAUCAAUUCAGCGGCAAAAACAUACUAUAUGAGCGGUGGUACUCAACCGUGUAAUAUCACUUUUAGAGGUCCUAACGGUGCUGCAGCAGGUGUUGCUGCUCAGCACUCUCAGUGUUAUGCUGCUUGGUACGGCUCAAUUCCAGGUUUGAAGGUAUUGUCGCCAUAUUCUGCUGAAGACUAUAAAGGGUUAAUCAAAGCUUCUAUCAGAGACCCAAACCCCGUAGUGUUUUUGGAGAAUGAAAUUGCAUAUGGUGAAUCCUUCCCAAUGAGCGAGGAAGCACUUUCGUCAGAUUUCCUCUUACCAAUUGGUAAAGCCAAAAUUGAAAGAGAAGGUAACGAUUUGACUAUUGUUGGUCACUCGAGAGCUGUUGAAUUCUGCUUAAAAGCUGCUGAAAAAUUGGAAAAAGAUUAUGGUGUAAAAGCCGAGGUUAUCAAUUUGAGGUCAAUUAAGCCAUUAGACGUACCAACUAUUAUUGACUCAUUGAAAAAGACAAAUCAUUUGAUCACCGUUGAGAGUGGGUUCCCCGCGUUUGGUGUUGGUUCUGAAAUCUGUGCCCAAGUCAUGGAAUCUGAAGGAUUUGAUUACUUGGACGCUCCAGUUGAAAGAGUCACUGGUUGUGAAGUGCCAACUCCAUAUGCUAAGGAAUUGGAGGACUUUGCUUUCCCAGAUACCGAAGUUAUCAUGAGAGCCUCAAGAAAAGUUUUGGGCUUAUAA